AUGCCAACAGAGAAACAUCAUGCUUGUCCUAAUACUGAAUGCGGGGCUACAUUCAAGAGAAGAGACCAUCUGACGCGACAUCUGCUCAACCAUAAAGCCGAUAAGCUCAGGUGCCCCAGAUGCGAUGGUGAAUUCUCCAGACCUGAUCUGCUAAAGCGUCACAUUAGAAGACAUGAACAAAAAGAUAAGGAGGCUGGAGGAAUUGGGUUGGGUGAUCUUAUAAUCCGAAGAAAGUCAUGGACGCCUAAGCUAGGUUAUUCUGCUGGUCGAAGAAGGCGCAACAUGUCGGUAAAUGACUCAGGAUUAGAAGACAAAAGUGUUCGAAAACCUUUUGAGGUUCCGCAUCUCCGAAAAACCAACCACGUCAUUCCAGAUAUUCCCAAUGAACUAAACUCGGCGUCAAUCGCAGACUCUCAUAUUGACAAAGUUGAUACUAUAGAUGGCGGCACAAAUGUUGCAUCCGUGCAGGCCACAGAUACUCUCUCAGGAAUUCCUGGUAUUUCUGAAGAAACAGCCACUGAGGAAUCGCCAGAUUAUACUAUUUCUCAUAAUUUCACCGUCAACAGCAAGUAUGACCCUGAUCUGCAGGACAGAUCAACAGCCUCGGAAGGAAGCUUCGCCAAACAUCCGUUUGUUGGUUCAAAUGAUUUCAUGGCUGAUUUUGGCAAGCCGUUUGCAACGCUUAGAGAUUAUUCUUGGAUAUUUGAGAAUCUAGACGACUUGUCCCUCCCCAACCAUGAGUUGAGUGAUAAAGCUUCUUCCACGAGUUCUAGCGGUCAGGAUUUCCUCUUCGCCACAAAAAAACUGUCUCCUGAAGUUGCUAACAAGUACAACUUUGAGUCUCUAGACCAGUUAGAACAGAUUCUGCCUCAAAUUACUGAAGAAGACAGGUUGAGGUUACUGGAUUUUGUUGCUUCCACCACCUCAAGACACUCUAUUGAAGACGGGUUUGACGGGAAUAGCGAGUUUUUUCGUCUGGAAUUCUUGCAAGAAUUCCUGGAACUUUACUUCACUAAAGUUAACAUCACAUACCCGAUAAUACACUGCUCUAGCUUUGAUCCUCAUCAAACUCACAGCUUAUUGUUGAUAGUCAUGAUAACACUGGGAGCAACGUACAGCACCAAGGCAGCCCAUCGUGCUGCCGUGGAGAUCCAUGAUUUGAUUCGUGGGUCACUUUUCAGUUCGCCUCAUUUCAGUGCAACACCCGAGCUUUGGGUCCUCCAGGCUCUUUUGUUGAUUGAGACGUUCGGAAGAAAUAAAGGUGGAAUGAGGCAGCACGAAGUAUCCAACCUUUUUCAUGGUGUUCUCAUCAACAUUCUCAGGAAAUCUGACUGUCUUUCCACUGUUGGACCUGUAUAUUCUAAAAAGGAACAAGAAGGCCUAGAUACUGAGAAAUCCUGGAGAGAAUGGAUCGAGAUUGAGUCAAAGAAAAGAGUUGCUUAUUUCACUUUCCUCUGGGAUGUUCAGCAUGCUACCAUUUUUGGCCAGACUUUGGGAAUGUCCGCUUUUGAGAUAAGAAUACACCUACCUGCCGAUCUAAAUCUGUGGAACGCUCCCUCAAGUACCGAAUGGUUGAAGUUUAGGAAGUCUGAGGGCCAGCAGAGAUUUUACUUGCCGACGUUGAAAAAAUAUCUCAAUUGCUCGAGAGACUUACCUUCCAUCAACCCUUUAUCAAGGGUUCUUAUUUUGCAUGGCCUGAUGAGCAUAGCUUGGGACAUGCAAAGAAAGGAACACACAUCGUUGGGGUUGGAAGUUGAUCCCUAUGCGUGGAAGACUCUUAUGGCCAAAGCAUAUGACUGUUGGAAGGAAGAUUUUGAGAAGUUUUAUAGCAGAGUUUCGCGAAUGGUUGCCAAUUCGUCAUCAGAGAGGUUUCUGGUCAAGUUUGCAACUACUAACUCAGCUCUAUAUCAUUCGGCCAACAUUUUAUUAUGGUCCAAUAUGUUUACUCUCCAAAUCUAUGCCGGCGCAGAGCACAUUUUUGGACGCAGAGUCACCCAACAGACCUACGAUAUGGCCAAAAAGGCAGUACUUCAAUGGAGUCAGCAAAUUGGCAAAACUGAGAAGGCAGUGAUGCAUGCCUUGCAGCUUUUAAGGGAGGGCUUUGUGAACCUGGAUAGUUGGGAGGUCGACGGUACCAUGCAUUAUAACUGGUGCUUGUAUAUUGCAACUUUGACGUGUUGGUGUUAUUUUGAGGCUCUGUCUGAUAGCGGUAUUGAACGGAAAAUUUUGGGAGAGGCAAACCAGAACGAUCCAAUCGACACUGACUCUCUGGGAUAUCUGGUCGACGAUUCGAUCCAUUAUCCUGAAACGCCUCAUGGCCGAGAUGCAAUGGGCAACUUUUUACUCCUUGUCACACAUGAAACACCAGACAGAUACCGGAAUCUCAAUUUAGAUUCUACAUGUGUUCUCCAAGAAAUGGUCAGACAUUUCAGAACAGCUAGAUCGGGUGUGAUUUACGAGGCGCUGGUCGUUCUCAGUAAUAUUCUUGCUCGCAAGGUGCCGAAUACCGAGGAUGUGAAGCAGGUUAAUAAGUAA